UGGGGCCACAGCAGGGCCGACGAACAGAGGGACCCAAUGGAAGAGCUGGUGGGACUGCGUGAGGGCUCCUCGGGGAGCCCUGUGAGUCUUCGGGAGCUAUGGGGCCCGUAUCCCCGCGUCCGCCGAGGCAUUCGAGGUGGCCUGGAGUGGCUGAAGCAGAAGCUGUUCCGCGUGGGGGAGGACUGGUACUUCCUGAUGACCCUCGGGGUGCUCAUGGCCCUGAUCAGUUACACCAUGAACUUCACUAUCGGACGCGUGGUCCGAGCACACAAGUGGUUAUACCGGGAGAUUGGGGACAGCCACCUGCUCCGGUAUCUCUCCUGGACCGUGUACCCUGUGGCCCUGGUCUCCUUCUCCUCCGGCUUCUCCCAGAGCAUCACGCCCUUCUCUGGAGGUUCUGGAAUCCCGGAGCUGAAGACUAUCUUGUCAGGCGUGGUGCUGGAGGACUACCUGGAUGUCAAGAAUUUCGGGGCCAAGGUGGCAGGCCUCACCUGCACCCUGGCCACCGGCAGCACCAUCUUCCUGGGCAAAGUGGGCCCCUUCGUGCACCUGUCUGUGAUGAUCGCUGCCUACCUGGGCCGGGUGCACACCAAGGCCACUGGGGAAUCUGAGAACAAGAACAAGCAGAAUGAGAUGCUGGUGGCGGCGGCAGCGGUGGGCGUGGCCACGGUGUUUGCAGCACCCUUCAGUGGCGUCCUGUUCAGCAUUGAGGUCAUGUCUUCCCACUUCUCUGUCUGGGAUUACUGGAGGGGUUUCUUCGCUGCCACCUGCGGAGCCUUCAUGUUCCGCCUCCUGGCGGUCUUCAACAGCGAGCAGGAGACCAUCACCUCCCUCUACAAGACCAGUUUCAGGGUGGAUGUCCCAUUCGACCUGCCGGAGAUCUUCUUUUUUGUGGCACUGGGGGCCAUCUGUGGCAUCCUGAGCUGUGCUUACCUCUUCUGUCAGCGAACGUUCCUUGGUUUUGUCAAGACCAACCGGGUCAUCUCCAAACUGCUGGCCACCAGCAAGCCUCUGUAUUCCGCCCUGGCGGCCUUGGUUCUCGCCUCCAUCACCUACCCCCCUGGCGUGGGCCGCUUCCUGGCUUCUCGGCUGUCCAUGAAGGAGCAUCUGGACUCACUGUUCGACAACCACUCGUGGGCGUUGAUGACCCGGAACUCGUCCCCUCCCUGGCCCGAGGAGCUCGACCCCCAGAACCUGUGGUUUGAAUGGUACCACCCGCGGUUCACCAUCUUUGGGACCCUCGCCUUCUUUCUGGUUAUGAAGUUCUGGAUGCUGAUUCUGGCCACCACCAUCCCCAUCCCUGCUGGGUACUUCAUGCCCAUAUUCAUCUUCGGAGCUGCCAUCGGGCGCCUCAUAGGGGAGGCCCUCGCUCUUGCCUUCCCCGAGGGCAUUGUGGCUGGAGGAGUCACCAACCCCAUCAUGCCUGGGGGGUACGCCCUGGCAGGGGCUGCGGCCUUCUCGGGGGCCGUGACCCACACCAUCUCCACGGCGCUGCUGGCCUUCGAGCUGACUGGCCAGAUCGUGCACGCCCUGCCCGUGUUGAUGGCCGUGCUGGCGGCCAACGCCGUCGCCCAGAGCUGCCAGCCCUCCUUCUAUGACGGCACCAUCAUCGUCAAGAAGCUGCCGUACCUUCCAUGGAUCCGAGGCCGAAAAAUCAGCUCUCAGCGUGUGAUCGUGGGGCACUUCAUGAACUGUACUAUCACCACACUGGCCAAGGACACACCGCUGGAGGAAGUGGCUAGGGUCGUGACCUCCACAGACCUGGCCAAGUAUUUCCUGGUGGAGAGCACAGAGUCUCAGAUACUGGUGGGCACUGUGGGAAGGGCGCACUUGAUGCAGGCACUCCAGGCUGAGCCACCUUCCUGGGCUCCAGGGCACCGGCGUCUCCGGGACCUCUUGGCUGGGGGCUGUCCCACGGAGCCAGUGACCCUGCAGCUGUCUCCGGAGACCUCCCUGCACCAGGCACACAACCUCUUCGAGCUGUUGAAACUUCAGUCCCUCCCCGUGACGUCUCUGGGCAGAGCUGUGGGCUCCGUAUCUUGGGUGGAGUUGAAGAAAGCAAUUUCCAACCUGACAAACCCGCCAGCCCCAAAGUGA